GGGAGUGAUCUUUGCAUGGUCCACGCCCAGGGAGUGAGAUAUGAGCUCAGCACUUCUCCUGGCUGGGUCUUAUUCAGUGGGGAUCCUGGCAGGAAAAAAAGGGCAGAUAUGCAGUGCGUAAGGAAGCAGCCGAAAAGGAGCAAGUCGCUGGAAUUACUUCAUCAUGAGCAAAGCCCGAAUAUAACCAGCGUUAACCUGAGGCUCCUGGGCAUGGAUGGAGAUCCUGAUUUGAAUUUUCUUCUGAAAGGCGCAGAGCUUGUGAAGGUUCGUUCGGGCUCGUGGAGAAAGGUGCGCUUCUACAAGCUGCAGGAGGACUGCAAGACUGUGUGGCAUGAGUCCAAAAAAACCCUGCGACCAAAGCACACCUUCUCCAUUGAGGACGUAGAGUGUGUUCGCGCCGGCCGGCACACAGAGGGUCUCAGGAAGUACACGGAGGAGUUGAUGGAAUUGCGGGCAUUCUCCAUUCUGUUCAAGGGACACCACAAAAACCUCGACCUGAUUGCCACCUCCGAGGAGGAGGCCAAGCACUGGGUGUCAGGCCUGGAGAAGAUCAUCUCCAACAUGAGCAAGCUUAGCCAACAGCAAAGGAUCGAACACUGGAUCUUCAACUGUCUGCGUAAGGCUGACAUGAACUGUGACAGGAAGAUGAGUCCAGCAGAGGUGAAGAGCUUCCUGCACGACAUCAACGUAGACGUGAACGAAGAAUACUUCAAGAUGCUAUUUGAGAAAUGCGAUCAGUCUAAAACCGGACUACUGGAGGGUAAAGAAGUUAAGUCCUUGUACGAGAUCCUGACCGACAGGGAAGAGAUCGACGUGAUCUACAAAACGUACGCAAAAACCGAAGGAUUAAUGAGUGCCGUCAACCUGCUAGACUUCCUUAUAACGGAGCAGAGGGAGAAGGUGGAUCUCAUUCAAGCCACUCAGCUCAUCGAGAAGUAUGAAGUAGAUGAAACGGCCAAAGCAAAGCAGCUGAUGACCAAAGAUGGCUUUCUGAUGUACCUGCACCAACCCGAAGCACUGAUCAUGAGCCCGGCGCGUAAGAGCGUGUACCAGGACAUGAACCAGCCGUUAAACCACUAUUUCAUCUCCUCCUCACACAACACGUACCUUCUGAAGGACCAACUCAAAGGGCCGAGCAGCACCGAGGGCUACAUACGAGCGCUAAUGAAAGGCUGCCGCUGUGUGGAGCUGGACAUCUGGGACGGCUCGGACGGGGAGCCGGUCAUCUAUCAUGGCUACACCUUGACCUCCAAGAUCCUCUUUAAGGACGUUAUCCAAGCCAUUAAAGACUACGCCUUUAAGACGUCAGAGUAUCCAGUGAUCCUGUCCCUGGAGAACCACUGCAGCAUCGAACAGCAGAAGAUGAUGGCAACGCACAUGUGCUCUAUCCUGGGUAGUGCUCUGAUCACCAAACCUCUGGGAGAACACAUGCCCACAGCGCUGCCCUCUCCAGAGGAGCUGAAGGGUCGGUUUCUGAUCAAAGGCAAAAGCCUGAAGAAACUGGAGGAUUACUUCUCGGACCAGGUCGCUACAGCAGAAGAAGAGUGUGUGACCGAAGAAGAAGAUAGUCGUGAUGAUGAAGAGCUGGAUCAUUCUGAAAACAAAAAGAAGUCAAAGACGCUGCAUCUCGCUAAAGAGCUUUCCGACCUCGCCAUCUAUUGCAGAAGCGUCAAGUUCCAUGGAUUCGAGCAUGCGAGGACUCACCAUUCCUUUUACGAGAUAUCCUCUUUUAAAGAAGGGGACGCACUGAACUUUGCAGACAAGUCGGCAAAUGAAUACAUUCAUCAUAAUGCGGCCAAGCUGAGUAGGAUUUACCCCUCAGGGGCAAUAAGGACAAAUUCCUCCAACUACACCCCCGUGCCUCUGUGGAACUCUGGCUGCCAAAUCGUGGCCCUGAACUUCCAGACACCUAGCGCAGAGAUGGAUCUGAACCACGGCCUGUUCAGCCAAAACGGACAGAGCGGUUAUGUCCUGAAGCCAGCCUACCUACGAGACAAAGAGUCCGAGUUCGACCCCAUCACGCUCGUCAGAGGACCGUGGCUCAAACACGUCGAGUUCCAUUUGAUGGUGAUCUCAGCACAGCAGUUACCCAAACUGAGUGAGAAGUCACUAUCCAUUGUAGAUCCCCUGGUGCGAGUGGAGAUCCACGGCGUUCCUGCAGACACAUCCAAAAAUGAGACGAAGCCCGUUCAUAACAACGGUUUCAAUCCCAUGUGGAACGAGAAUUUCCAGUUUGACCUUUACGUGCCUGAACUUGCUCUGGUGCGCUUCGUUGUGGAGGAUUACGAUUGUGUGACCAGUAACGACUUCAUCGGCCAGUACACAGCACCCUUCACCAGCCUACAGAACGGAUAUCGCCAGGUGCCGCUGUACAACCAGAACGGAGACCUCCUCUUUUCAGCUCAACUUUUUGUCCACAUCAUGGUUGUGGAGGCAGAAUAAGUCUGAAGACCCAGUUUUUAUUCCAGCGCUUCCCGUCCAGGCUCAAGUCAGAGAAAGACUCAAGUUUGGUGCUGGAUUGGGAGCCAGCGAGACACUGCAGGACGUCACGUAACCUCCAUCACGGUCAACAUUAAACAUGUAGCUGUAGUAUGAUACACUGAGCAGUUAAUGAACUAGAUGGAUAUUUUCUUAUAGAUGUUUUUAGAUGUUUUUAAAGAGUGCAACUUGACUUUUAAUACAUUCCACUAUUUAAGAUUUUACCUCCUCGUGCGUGUACAAAUGUGUGAACUGAAAAAGAAUAAAAUAGCCAGCUGUAGUGAAGACUACAAGCUGCUACUGCUAAAGG